AUGGUUGCGUUCAAAAUUACAGCAGCUGGACGAAAUCUUUCCGAAUGGUCAAAUCGUGCAGUAUACGUAGAUGCUUGUCGUACAGUUGUACAUAAAUAUCCACAGUUUAAUGCUACCGUUUACGACGAUCUGGUUGGCCUCCUGUCGUGGUGGGGAGCAGAUAUGGAUCCAGUCACAAUGAUUGGUGUACUGAUUGGCAUGGGAUUAAGCGUCGACUAUACUGCCCACACUGCACACAAAUUUUAUAUUUCAGUUGGUACUCCGAGGGAACGAAUUGAACAAACUUUUCAAGAAAUAAGUGCUGCAAUGAUUCAGGCCAGUAUAUCAACUGUACUUUGCAUGUUACCAUUAGCCUUCGUUGCCACUUAUACAAUCUUGAUCCUCGCUAAAACGGUUUUUCUAGUCGUUGGUUUAGGCUUAAUACACGGAAUUUUUAUCUUGCCCAUUUUACUGGUAACAAUGCACAAUGAAAAAGAGAAAAAUAUGAGUGUAAAUGAAACAAUAGCGGAUUCUUAGAC